UGCUUGCUAACGAUUAUAUAAAUACACCAUUUGUGAAAAAAACAACAACAAAAUAUUGGAAUAGAAGACUACUAACAAUACACAAGCAGCAGUUGUUCAUCGAUGCAGUGGUUAACAAUAUCUGACCUAUUGAAGGCUGGAAUCAGCAGCAACAGCAACAACAAAAGCAACAGCAGCAUUUUUGAUAAAAUUCGGCCGCACUUAUUAGCGGUUGUUGUAUUUUGCAUCAUUGGUGGCAUCAUGACCAUGUCCAUAUUGCUUUCCCGGAGAUUACGGAUGCAUUAUGGAAUUUAUAUCUUUUCAGUAGUAUUAGCAUUCCUUUCGUGGACAGUCGUUGUUUCUAUAUUUUGUUAUCAAAUUGGCCUAAUAUACAGCUUGAUUUCGCUCGCUUUAACAUUAGUCGCAGGAGGAACAGCAAUUUUACUUGGUUUCAAAUCAAGACGAUUUACAGUCAAAGGGUAUUACUUCUUCUUCAUACUGCCUAUCAUACCAUUCAUCAUUGGAAAUGUCUUCUACAUUCUUUUACGAAUAUAUGGUUUUCCAUUCGACAUAUUAGCUGGAAUAUUCCUCGACAGCUCAAUAACUCUUGCUAUAUACUUGUCUACAGUGUGGUUAAAAUAUUCUCGUGAUAAAACAGUCACUUCGCCGGUGUUUAUCGUCUUUCUUGAAUUCACUGAGUUGGUGGCACUGUUCCUGGAAUCUGCUAUCGUAUUCUGUAAAACUUGAGGAACUAUUCUCACUCAACAAGUUGGAAUAAAAAAAGGCUGACACUGUGUCAGUUUUCGACCUUUCAUG